UACGAACCCACCUUUGCAAACGGCCAUGUUGUUAUAGAUACGCAUUGCAAACGGACCAUUAUAGCAGAUCCAUGGACGUCUGAACCGGACCAGCGACACGACACACACACAGAAGAUAAAGACAACAUUUAUUCGCUCCCUCGUCAACCCGAUACCCUACCCGACGCAAACACGCACACAGAGAGGAGCGAUUCCCCCCCCUCCACCCUCCCCUCGUCGCCCACGCCCCAUGCUAUCAUGAUGGAAAACCUCGCCAUUUCAGACGCCCCUCCUCACCCGCCUCCUCCCGGGGGCCCGGCUGCGCAGCCUUUUGCGCAGCUGCCGCCGCAGAUGUUCACGACGGCGGCGCAGCUGCUGGAUCUUACUGAUAAGAAACUCAUGGUGGUUUUGCGUGAUGGGCGGAAGUUGAUUGGAGUAUUAAGAAGUUGGGACCAGUUCGCCAACAUCGUCCUGCAAUCGACAACGGAGCGGAUAUUCGCCCCUCGUCCCGACAACCCCCGAUCAGAGUACCCGUACGGCUACUUCGCCGACAUACCGCACGGCAUCUUCCUCGUGCGAGGCGAGAACGUACUGCUCCUGGGCGAGAUUGACCUGGACAAGGACGACGACGCGCCUCCCGGGUAUCAGCUGGCGGAGGUGGAUGUGGUGAAGAAGCUCGCGGAGGCGAAGAAGGCGGCGGAUAAGGCCAAGGAGAAGGCGCGCUUGAAGAAGCUGGUGAGGAUCGGCUUUGAGGGGGAGAAUCUGGGAGACAUUUUCUUCUGA